AUGGCGUCGGCAGACGGAGUUCCUAGGCAUGAGGUGCUUUCCUUGAUGCGCGAGAUUCAGGGCAAUCAGCUCUUCAAUCGUCAGCUAUCUUCUAUUUGUCAAGUCAACGGUCUCAAGAGCACCGGUGUGAAGGCGGAGAUGCAACGACGCAUCAUCAAUCUCAUCCAAGAGUCAUCGGCCGACCCUUCACGCUUUGCCCAAGUGAAACAGAGCAUCUCGAACGCCCACGCGCAACGUAACGGCACUGCGCCUGUCACGACUACAACGUCGCUCAAGUCACGGACUACCGCUCCCACCGGCCCAAAUGCACACUUCCCGCUGUCAGUGCCUUACGGAAAUGGCUCUCCCGGCAUGUCACAAAACUUCGGUACCCCGCGUAUCAAUAUUAUGACGACCCCAGCUCUCGCAUUCAAGCCCAGUCCAUUUUACCUAAUCAAGUCUACCCUCGGCGAUGUUCGUAUAUGUGAAGCCAUGGCUCAGCAUCGAAAUACUAUCAAUCUGCACAUCUCCGCAACCACCUAUCCGGAAGUGCAACAAUGCCUCGCCGACACGUCUCAUAGAGUUUUACUAUUCUGUGCGGGCGAAGCAAUCGGCAGUCAGAACAUCGAAUUUCCUCACCAAGCCGAGAUCAGGGUAAACGGCAGUGAGGUCAAGGCAAACCUACGCGGAUUAAAGAGUAAACCAGGGUCUACUAGACCGGUUGACAUUACUGAUGCGUUGAGAAUAAAGCCACCGAAUUAUCUGAACACCAUAGAUUUCACAUAUGCUUUAACGACGAAGGUAUACUCUGUUGCGGAAUUGGUACAGGGCAUAUCCACAGGGAGACGAAUCCCGAAAGACUCCGUAAUUACGGAACUAAACCAAAAGGCCCAGGAUCCCGACGUCGUGGCAACUUCGUCGGUUCUGUCUUUGAAAUGUCCUUUAUCCUACACGAGACUGGAUGUACCUUGUCGCGGCAUGAGUUGCUCACAUGUUCAGUGCUUUGACGCGACGUCAUAUCUGCAGCUUCAAGAGCAAGGUCCGCAAUGGCUUUGCCCGAUAUGCAACAAACCAGCACCGUAUGAGCAACUAGCUGUCGAUGAGUAUGUCCAAGAUAUUCUGGACAAUACAUCGAAGAGCUUAGAAGGAGUUAUCAUUGAGCCUAACGGGCGAUGGCUCUCGAAGGGAGAAGAAGCAGAAGCCAACAACUUUCCUUCGGAAGCGUACUUCGACGACGACGACGAUGAUGCUAUUGAGCUAUCGGUAAUCACUAAUACCCCGGUACGGCCGCCGGAUAAACUGCCUACACCUAGCACGCCAUCUCGGCAGGCUGGAGGGGGCACGAAGCGGCCUGCCCCAGCUGUCAUUGAUCUGACACUAUCGUCGGAUGACGAGGACGAGGAACCAAUUGAACGAGCUCGGAAACGACGAAGUACAGUAGCAAAUGGUUAUCAUCGGUCCAGUAGUCUGCUUCUCCCAGAGCUUUUGCCGCCGGGGCUUCCGCCGUCAUAA